CUGCACACGGCCGAGCAUCCUGAGCUCUCUGCUGCUGCUGCUGCUGCUGCUGCUCACUGGGACUUUUAAACAUCACAACCUGGAGCUCAACUGACCCCAAAAACACACCACUGGAGAAGAGUUUGGCUUUGAAAAGAGUGAAGGUAUUUCUACAACAGGUGAAAUACGAUGAGGUGGAUUGUGUUGCUGUCUGUGUGUCUACAUGUCACCUUAGCAGCAUUUGAUUACCUUUAUGAAGAACACUCAUUUAUGGACCCGGAGGAUGUGCUGAGUGUGAGCAUUCCUCUGAAGGAGCCACAGCGUCCUCUACUAGGGGCAACAUUGCUACUACCGUGUUACUUCGAGGACGACACUGUCCCAGACCCCGGAGCUCCCACCAUUGCUCCACUCGCUCAUCGCAUCAAAUGGAGCCUCGUCACCAAAGAAAAAGUCACGACUAUCCUGGUGGCCUUGGAAGGACAGGUGCGUAUCAGCGAGAGCUACCUGGACAGAGUUCAUCUGGUGGGCUACCCCAUGACUUCUACGGAUGCUAGCAUCAAGAUAUCUGAGUUGCGGUCCAGUGACUCAGGAGUCUACCGCUGUGAGGUCCAGCACGGCAUCGAGGACAACCACGACAUCGUCCAUGUGCAGGUUCAAGGUAUGGUGUUCCACUACAGGGCCAUCAUGGGACGCUACACUUUGACUUUUGAAAAGGCAAAAACAGCAUGCACCCAGAACAGUGCGGUCAUGGCUUCACCUGAACAGCUUCAAGCGGCCUACGAUGACGGAUUCCACCAGUGUGACGCUGGCUGGCUCUCUGACCAGACAGUCAGGUACCCGAUCCAUGAUCCUCGUGUGAACUGCUAUGGUGACAAAGAGGAGCUGCCUGGCGUCAGGACAUAUGGAGUGAGAGAUCUCAAUGAGACUUAUGAUGUCUACUGCUUCACUGAGAAAAUGACAGGCAGAGUUUUCUACACCGCUGCUGCAGAAAAGUUCACCUUCUCUGAGGCUGUGGUGGCAUGCUCCAAACAGGGAGCUCAGUUGGCUACUACUGGUCAACUCUACCUGGCCUGGCAGGGUGGGAUGGAUGUCUGUAACGCCGGUUGGCUGGGAGACAGGAGUGUCCGCUACCCCAUCAACAUUCGUCGGCCGCAGUGUGGAGGGGGUCUGCUGGGGGUGCGAACUGUUUACCUCCACACAAACCAGACAGGAUACCCACUUCCUGAGUCCCGUUACGACGCCUUCUGCUACACAGAGUCCCCUGAUGAGGAAGGUUCAGGCAUCGUAGAAGAGGGAAGUGGCGUGUUGAGUGUUACCACGGUGACACAGAGCCCAGAGGUGUUCUUCAGGAGGACAACCACAGAGAGCGAGGCGAUCGGAGAGGUGGAGACUCAGCAGCCUACCGUAGUGGACUUCACCUUCACAGAGAGCCCUACUGGGCUGCCGCUGCCUCAGCCGCCCAACGUCACUGAGUUCAUCACUGACCUGAUAGAGGCGGCCACUGCCCGGCCCGACACAGGCCGAGAGCCCAGCAAAGGCUUUGUGAUGCCUCCAACGGGUGUGGUCUUCCAUUAUCGCUCAGGCUCCAGCCGCUAUGCCUUCACCUUCGUUGAGGCCCAGCUGGCCUGCCAGAGUGUCGGAGCCUCCAUGGCCAAGCCAGAGCAGCUGCAGGCAGCAUACGAGGCUGGAUAUCACCAGUGUGAUGCAGGAUGGUUACUGGACCAGACUGUAAGGUAUCCCAUUGUUUUUCCUCGACACAAGUGUGCUGGAGAUCUGGGGGAUCAACCUGGAGUUCGGUCAUAUGGUUUGAGGCCAGCAGACGAGAGAUAUGAUGUGUACUGCUACAUUGAUGGGCUCAAAGGUGAGGUUUUCCAUGUGGGCUCCGCUGAGGGUUUCACAUAUGAUGAGGCUGCUUCUAGCUGUCAAGAGCAGAAUGCCAUACUGGCCUCCACCGGAGAGCUCUACACAGCCUGGAAAAUGGGUUUCGACAAGUGCCGUGCUGGCUGGCUAUUGGAUCGUAGCGUCCGCUAUCCCAUCAACAACCCCCGCACUGAGUGUGGAGCUGGGAAAUCAGGAGUACACACUGUGUACGCUCACGGCAACCAGACAAGCUAUCCUGAAGUUGAUGCCAAAUUUGAUGCAUACUGUUUCCGAGCGGAUAUUCUACUUAUUGCAAAUGAAACUGGACUGAACAUCACAGAUAUCCAGGAGGCCCUGCUUAACCUAACAUCAAUUACUGAUCUGCUGAGGCCUGCUGUUCCUUCCAUCGUCUCUCCCAUCCCUGUGGAUACUUCGGGCUCUGGCUCAGGCUCAGCAGAAUUCGGCUCAGGGUCUGGGGUUGACGGUGCCUCUGGGGGUUACUCUGGAGACUUGUCUGGAUCUGGAGACCGGGUAACCAGUGGAGAUCUGUCUGGAUCUGGAGACCUGUCUGGUUCUGGAGACAGGGUAACCAGUGGAGAUCUGUCUGGAUCUGGAGACCUGUCUGGUUCUGGAGACAGGGUAACCAGUGGAGAUCUGUCUGGAUCUGGGGACUUGUCUGGCUCUGGAGACAGGGUAACCAGUGGAGAUCUGUCUGGAUCUGGGGACUUGUCUGGCUCUGGAGACAGGGUAAUCUCUGGAGAUCUGUCUGGAUCUGGGGACUUGUCUGGCUCUGGAGACAGGGUAAUCUCUGGAGAUCUGUCUGGAUCUGGGGACUUGUCUGGCUCUGGAGACAGGGUAAUCUCUGGAGAUCUGUCUGGAUCUGGGGACUUGUCUGGCUCUGGAGACAGGGUAAUCUCUGGAGAUCUGUCUGGUUCUGGAGAUCAAUUCACCUCUGGAGACUUGUCUGGUUCUGGAGACCUGGCAGGCAGUGCCAGUGCUGAGUUACCCAGUGGAGCGUCAGGCUUCAGCAGUGCAGACGCUUCUGGAUCAGCUCUCAGUGGAGAAGGAUCCGGCAUCACUGUUGUUUUUUCGGGCAUCGACAGCAUUGUCUCUGGAGAGGGCUCAGUUUCAGGACGACUCCAAGAAGCCGAAGAGGGAAGCACAGGGAUCUUUAUCUUCCCUUCAUCUGAAUCAGGCUCUGGAGUGCUCAGUGGAAGCGGGGACCUCUCCGAAUUUGGAUCUGGAUCUGGAUUCAGCUCUGCAGAGAGUGGAUCUUCCAGCUCUGCAAGUGUCAUCACCGAUCAGGACUUUUCUGGAUUCAGUGGUUUCCCAUCAGGCUUCUCCUCUGGAAGUGCUAGUGGACAGUCAGGAGAGCUUUCUGGAAGUGGAGACAUUCAGAUUUUACUGAUAGAUCGUGAACUGAUUGAUGCGUCCACCCCUAGUACCAACAAGGAGUAUGAGCUUAGUGGAGGCCUACUGUCGUUCAGUGGUUCUGGAGACAUUUCAGGAUCUGGGAUUCUCAGUGGCUCGGCCUCUGGAAGUGGCUCUGGGUUCUUCUCGGGUGUGACCUUUGUGGGAUCAGGGUUCACUGACAUGACAGUGUCAUCCUCUGGAGAGCAGGAGGCCUCUGGGUUUUUACUCCACAGCUCUGGACAGGAAAGUGGUGGACAUUUGUUUUCUGGAUUUGGAAGCUCAGGUUUCCUCUCUGGAUCUGGAUCAGGAAUGUCUCGAUCAGGAAUGUCUGAAUCAGGAAUGUCUGGAUCUGAGUCCUCAACGAGCGGAGAAGAAGGCAGUGUUACAUUUUUAACUGGGGAGUUUUUGACAGAGGUAUCCGGAGACGCUACACUGUCUAUGGAGCUUGGACAGGGGUCGGUGGAGUACAGCGGAGAAGGAAGCAGUAGCAGCAGUGGCUUCUACUCUGGCAGCGGAGACACACGCUUGUCCACAGCCAGUGGCACUUUUUCAGGGGUUUCCUCUGGUGAUCUGCCACAGGUGGUGGUGCUGCCCUCUCCAUCCAGUGAGUGGGCACUGACAGAGAGCACCACAGGACCAGAGGAGGCCCUCAGUGGGGCUGAACUGUCACAGAUCCCUAGUGGCAUCUAUGGAACUCCCCACCCUGUGCUUGCUCCCGCAGGACUGGCUGCUCCCCCCACCGCAACUACACCAGCCUCUGUGCAGGCACCAGGCGAUGGUAAAGAAACAGAUUCAGUGGAGGGUGGUUUUAACCCAUGUGAACCCAACCCCUGUGGAGCUGCUUCAUGCACCGUAGAGGACGGGGUUGCUCUAUGCCAUGAGGUAGAUGUGUGCCAUCCCAACCCUUGUGCCAAUGGAGCCACCUGUGUGGAGAGUGCAGACUCUUUCAAAUGCUUAUGCCUGCCCAGCUACGGAGGGGAACGCUGUGAGAUCGAUGAGCAGCAGUGUGAAGACGGUUGGACUAAGUUUCAGGGGAACUGCUACCUGCACUUCUCUGACAGAGAGGUGUGGCUGGACGCAGAGCAGCGCUGCCGGGACCUGAACGCCCAUCUGGUCAGCAUCAUCACCCCAGAGGAGCAGGACUUUGUCAACUCAAACGCACAGGACUACCAGUGGAUCGGGCUGAAUGACAAGACAGUUGAGAAUGACUUCCGCUGGACAGAUGGCACUCCACUGCAAUUCGAGAACUGGAGGCCGAACCAGCCAGAUAAUUACUUAAACUCUGGAGAAGACUGUGUGGUGAUGAUCUGGCAUGAGAACGGCCAGUGGAACGACGUGCCCUGCAACUACCACCUGCCGUUUACCUGCAAGAAAGGCCCAGCGUCCUGUGGCGCCCCGCCGGAGGUGGAGAAUGCCCACAUGUUUGGUAACAGGAGGGAUGAAUACCCUGUCAACGCCAUCAUCCGGUAUCAGUGCAACCCAGGCUUUACACAGCGCCACCCUCCCGUGGUUCGCUGUAAAGCAGACGGACAGUGGGAGAAACCCCAAGUGGAAUGUACUGACGUGAAAGCCAGAAAAAGGAUACAGAGGAGGAGCAGCAGGAGACUGGCAGCCAGCAGCAAGCUUCACUAAAGAGGGGGGAAAAAAAGAGGAAUUAACUAUUUAAGAACAUUUGCCGCACACGGAAAUCCAUUUUCCAUUUUAGUGAAGAUGAUUCGAAGCGUUAAAUUGUUGGAAGGCUACGUCAUAGUUCGGUCCCCUGUCCUUCAUAAUAUAUUUUAAUUAUAUAUAAUUAUUGUAUUGCUCUGAGUUUAUUUGCAUCGUGUGUUUUGUUAUAUAAUUUUGUUUGGUAAAAUCAUUGCUGGGAUUCUUUGUUCCAUAUGAGUUUUUUAGAAGGCAGCAUCUGUCUGGUUCACUGUAGUCUGCUGUAGAUCUGUACCACAGAGAUGAAGGUCGGAGGAUGUUGGCACGUUAGGAUCGGCUGUAAAACUAGUUUAUGGUGUGAGACAUCAACAAGUUAUAUGUUUGUGUACCCGUAUGGCAUAGCUUAUCGUUAUAUCUGUCAGGAGAAAAUCACAGCAGGGAAGAUACUCCUUUGGCAACGUUAAAGGGAAAUACUGGUGUUUUUAAAGUUCACAUCAAUCAUCCCAGUUCCCCUGCUGGUUUCUGCACUCAGUAAGUGUAGCUAAAGGUAAAGCGGCAACCUCCGGUGCUGAAACAGGAUGCCAAGGCGGAAGUGCCAAAACCUGCAGUUCAUCAAGUGUUCACUUGAUGAUGGCUCCAAGAGGGAGUCAAUCCCCAUAGACCCAAUCACAAAGUUUGUUUGCAAUAAGUUCCCAGUAGAAAACCCCUGCGUCCUGUACAUACAAUUUAACGGUGCUGAGCAAACAGGGCAGAGGAACAACUGGAUAUACUUUUUAUGUUAUUUUUCUAAAAUGCAUGUUUGACUAACGUUAGCUUGGAGAGCUAAUUUACCUGUUGGGCCACUGACUAAAGAAAAUGACGCCACCCAAACUAGCAGUCAGUCCAGCCGGCGGUGAGAUGUCGCUGUUCGUAGCGCUGGAUUUGGUUUAUCAAAGACGUUAGCAAAGCAACACAGGACUGAAAAUAAGCACAGCAGAGACGACAGAUAGGUCUGUCACUCUACUGUGAGUGACAGGUGGCAGCCAUCACAGCAGGCGAGUAUAGACUGUAGGCUUCAUUCGGCCCGCCUCAGCUUCAUCCAAGCUUCACCUCUUUGCCCAUUUUUUGAUUAACCGACAUCCGGAAACCGCCUACUUUGAGCUUCAUUUUGGCUCUUCAGAAACCUAUGGGUGACGUCACAGAGACUACGUCUAUAUUUUAUACCGUCUUUGUUAAAGGUAUCAUAUUUCCUCUUUCAGAAGAAGCCAUUGGACGCUGUUCCUUCCUGAAUUACAGCUUAUAAAACAACUCCUAUCUGCGGUAAAAACCUUAUAUUUUCAAAUUUCUCAGAGGUAUACAUGUUUAGGAUUAUUGGAUGUUAUUGGGAUUAUUUCACACCUUUUUUUUGGACAUGAUAUCUGGUCCAUAUUACCUUUCAAAAAAGUGGAACGAAGAAAAGAACAUUUAGUAGAUGAUAUUCAAACUAAACUUAGCCAUAGAGUGAAAGCAAAUAAAUUCAAACGAACCGUAUAGCCCGCAAAGUAGCUUGUAAAACAGUGGUUUAAAGCAGAGACGUUUUGGUCAACCUUUUAUUUAAUGGAUUCACACAGUGACAGAGUAUCUGCUGGACUCAGUGAUUGUUAUAUAAGACAGAUUCAGUUCUGUCAUGAGACUACAGCGGCGGCAGCAACAACACACAGGCAGGCUGAAUAAACUUCUACUAGCUCAAUUCUUUCAUAUUUAAUCUGUAGAGGAUCAAGUGAAACUGCUUGUGACCCCACAGUUUGUCAUGUUGGCUGGUCUGAGUCUUUUGUUUUUUGUGUGUUUUAGUAGUCAUCAUCUUCCACGAGGCUGUGCAGUGCAUAGUGUUUCUGUGGAGCAAGUGUCAGUGUAAUGAACCUGUUAUCUAUUUCAUGUUUCUAACCUCAGAGGAAGUAAACAUUACAGUGUGUGAAAUGCCUGUUUGUUUUUUUCCCAACUUUUGACUGCUUUCAUUUGCACACUUGUUUUGUGUCACUGUUGCUGUGUUUGGAGGCUGUGCCUCCUUCAUUCAUACUGUCACCCGCUGCAUGAUAAACCAAAGACUGAGAAUUCAAUUCACAAGCUGUACAUGUGUCUGCUGUAGCCCCAUUGUAUUUACUAAUUUAUAGGAUAAGUCUGUCAAUAUUCUCUAUUUUUUUCUUUUUGUAUAAAGGUACUUUGGACAGCACUCCAGUUAAUACUUUUUUUAUUGCCACAUGGACGUUUCGGGCAGCACCCUUACUCAGCGUGUUUCACAAGCAAUCACCUGUGGAACACGCUGAGGAAGAGCACUGCCAAAUUACUGUCCAAAUUACCUCAAUAAAUUAUUAUUAUUAUCCACGUUAAGGAUCCAGCACCCAGUCUUCAAAGUAUUCUAGUUUUAAUGUGACAAAUCCCAUGAAAAGACCAAUACCAACAGUACAAGUAUUGUGUGUGUGUGUGUGUGUGUGUGUGUGUGUGUGUGUGUGUGUGUGUGUGUCAAAGCCUGAUAUCUAUUCUUCCUCUGUGCCAUAGAGUUCCAUAUAGCAUCCAAAAACUAUUGAAAAGACAUCAGUGAGCCACACUGUUACACUGGAUGACAUGCUCCUUCAUAAACAUGAACACACACACACACACACACACACACACACACACACUGUAUUUUAUUUUGACUCAAUCCCACACGCACAUCAUCCUGCUGUCUGAAAUACUCACUAGAGCACCAAAUGUGGAUUAAUCCGCUGCUGAAAAUAGUCCCCAACAACUGCACUUUUUCCUGAGUAACAUCUGAUAAAAAAGUGUGGGAAAUCACUGGGCCUUUUUGUUUUAUAAAAAUAUGUAUUUGUGACCUGUUCUUAAAGAUGUACAGCAUGCCUUCAGACAUAAGAAAGUCGCGAAGUAUUAAGAGAUGGACUAUCAUAUUGUAGGUUUUGGUCCUUUCACUGGAUUUGUUGAAGAAACACAUAGAUUUACACCAGCUGAUCAUUUACAUUUUCAUCAGUUCAAAUGCAAAUUCAAACAUCAUGUAAAUUUUGGGACAAAGCAGCGGUGUUUAAAUCCAGCUAUAAAACACUGGUUCUUUGCAUGUGGCAGAUAUAAGCAAGGAACUGAUAUAAAACAGAGAAAUAAUACAUGAUUUAGGAGAAACACGUAUUUGCCUCAUUCUCACAUAAUGUCUUUGUCUCAUUUAAUGUUUUCUGAUACCAAAGUGCAGAAUGAAUUCACUGUCUGAAUGUUUGUACUCACAUCAAUCAAUGCCAAAUAAAAAUUCUUUGGUUGUUACCUUC